AUGCACUGGUCACCAGAGCAUGCCCAGCCCCUUAACCAGUGGCCGGAGCAGCACCUCGACGUCUCCUCCACCACCUCCUCGCCAGCCCACAAGUCCGAGCUCUACCCCAGCACCCGCCAGCGCUUCAACUACGCCUGGGCCACCGACGACAUCUCGGCGCUCACGGCCUCCAACCUCCUCAAGAGGUACGCCGAGAAGUACUCGGGGGUGCUGGACGCGCCCUACGAGCGCCCGGCGCUGAGCGGCUAUGGGGACGGAGCCUUCGGGCCGGUCAACGGGCAGAAGGGGGACGGGGAGCCCUGGCCGGGGGGACACGGCUCUGACGCCUCCACCGGGGUGCGCCGGCCGCCCCGAACCCUCCUGCUGUUCGGCCCCCGCGGCACGGGGAAGACCCUGCUGAGCCGGUGCAUCUCCACCCAGCUGGGCUCCACCUUGCUGAAGCUCAGUGGGACAACCCUGCUCUCCACCUGGAAAGCCGAAGCCGAGAAGAUCCUGCAGACUGUCUUCUUCGUGGCCAGCUGCUGGCAACCCGCCGUGGUGCUCAUCACCGAGGCCGAGUCCUUGCUGGUGGCCCGGGCUGGCGAGGACGGCAGCCAGGUGAGCAACCUCAAGCGUUCCUGCACCCCCCCGCCGGACAGCGUGGCCCGACGGCAGAUCCUGCAUCACGCCCUGGCCCAGCGCAGCUCCUGCCUGAGCGAGCGGGAAAUGGCCUCCCUGGUGCAGCACACCGAGAGCUUCUCGGGCAGCGAGCUGCUCCAGCUCUGCCAGCACGCCGGGACCACCACCACCCUGCACGCUUUGCCGGGCCAGAUCCAACCCACCUCCUACCAGGACUUUGAGAAGGCCUUCUGCAAGGUCCGCCCUGCCACCUCCCAGAAGGAGCUGGACUUGUUCCUGGAGUGGGAUAAGCUGGGUGGCCGGUCUGACAACACGGUGGCAGCCAACGUGGGUGUUCACACCAUGAACCGCAUCGCGGAGCUGCUGACCCCCUCCGAGUGCCGGCGGCUCCGGGAGCGGCUGGUGGAGCCCGAGCUGGACCCGGAGCGGCUGGAGAGGCCUGAGCUGGACCAGGGGGAGCAGAAGCUGGGGCAGAUCUCUGAGAUCGACCCCCCUCUCCAACCCCGCGACCUCAGCGACUCCGUGAGCUGCUCGGAAGCUCUUCGGGUCUGGCUGGGAACGGCGGGGGAGGUGACAACCUGGGACCGGCUGAUCCGGGACCUGCAUCACAUCGGCCGCUCCGACAUCGCCCUGGAGCUGGGGAAAAACCUGAACCAGGACAGGAGCCUGGAGCUGCAGAAGAACGUGGAGGAGUACAAACACAGCCUGCAGCACAGCACCUCCUCCCUGCUGCUGGAGGACGAUGGGCACAGCGGGACACGGGGCAGGAGAGCCGUGGCUGGAGACCCCGGGGAACUUUACUUCGAGAGGCGACCUCCCCCCCCCUACACCCGCAGCCUCCUGGGCUGGGUUCCCCCCCUGGCCUGGGGUAUCCUGGGGGGCUUCCUCGCCUCCCUCCUCUUCACCAUGAUCACUGUGUAUUCCUGCCACUGGACGCUGGGCUGGGACGUUGCUCCAACUGGAGCAUCUUCCAGAAGCUGCUGGAGGGAAAACGGGACCCAAUAA